UACAAUAAACAUAUUCCUACCAAUUCAACAAAAAAAAAUGGACGAUAUAAAGCAGGAGGAUAUAGAACAUACCUCUAACGGUGAUCAUAUUUAUGCUGAGAAGCAAACCUGUGUCUUGGAAGAAAAUGAUACACAAUGUGGCCAUGUCUUCUACAAUGAAGUCACACGUUUGCUAAAAUUCUAUUGUACAUAUUGUUGUGAAACUUAUGAUAACAUCGAAUAUUUUUGUCAACACUUAAGUGAACAUAUAAAAGAGUCCAACGAAGAAAUGUAUGAUGAAUUAGAACCACAUAAAUAUAAACAGGAGGAGGAGGAGGGGGAAGUUGAGUAUCUGGGAGACCUAGAGGAUUUAAUGUCCAAUAAAGAAACUGCAGAUGAAUUGGAAACACAAACAGACGACGAGGACACUCGCGAUGCUUUUGAAUAUGAAGAUGAACUAGAGCAAGAAUCUAUAAAUACUGAAAUUUCUGGCCAUGAAUUCAGUUGUAGUUUGCCUGUGGAGGAUGAUUUAAAUAAUACAGAAAUGCUUAUAGAGGAAAUAGAAGAUGCCGAGGAAAUACUUGCUGAAGUGGAACAAGAAAUGCGUGACACCAUGACAGAGGAUAAUAAUUAUUUACAUUUGCCGGACAACCUAGCUGCAACGGAUAUGAUUGCUUAUGAGAAGAAACCAGUGGUAGAAACUGCGACGGCAACAUCGGACAAUGUAAAGAGCGGUAACAGUUUUGAGGAAUGUUUUAUUAAAGAGACUAACAUAGAUAGGAUCCGUUCGGAAGGUGUGUGUGUGUUGAAAGAGAAAAAUCUUAAAGCACACAAGCCAAUGCAAAGAAGAAGGUCCAAUAUACAAGAUUUAUUACGCCUGAAACGUCGUCGUAAAAAGGUCACCACCGUUAAAGUAAUAGCAGUAAAAAAUCGAAUAGCUGAACUUUACGAACGCAUACAAAAUGAACAACAAAAAUCACAACAAAUCUUCACCGGGGAAUUGCUAAAUGUACAACAAGAACAGGAAACUCAAGAUGCUAUAGAAAGUUUAAUAAAUAAUGAUGAAAUGGAUGCUGAUAAUCAAAUGCAAACUAUGAAUACAACAAAUCAUUCAACAACAAUAGAUGAAACAAAGCCUGUUACUGGAGAGGUUACACGUCAAAUAAUAGGUGAAACUCUUAUAACUUUAAUACCAGAAGGAACUAAAAUACCUAACAAACUGCCUUCGCCGGUCAAUAAACCCGUUAAUAAUGAACUACUUAAAAAUGAAAGAUUAACGGCUGUGAAUACAUCUAGCUACCGGCAAUAUAACUCCGAGGAUACAAAAAAUAAGUUGGCUGUUUGUCCAGCAUGUGGUAAAACCUUUCGCAGUCAUUUUAGCUUAACUAUACAUAAACGCAUACAUUAUCUCGAAUCGGAUAGUAGUGUAAAAUUGGCUCACAAAUGUUCGGACUGUGAUGAACUUUUUAAUAAACUUAGUCAACUCAAAAACCAUGUUGAGAGUGUACAUUAUCCAGAAGGUUUCAUAUGUAAAAUAUGCAAUCGCCAACUGAGUAGUCUUUCUCUACUAGAAAGGCAUAUGGUUAAGGUUCACUUGGAUCGCCCCUUUAACUGUAAACAUUGUAAUAAAAACUUUUCCGAUCCUCUUACCUUCGAAGAACAUCUGGCGUCUCACAAUUCGGGUGAAGUUUUUAAGUGUACCACAUGUGGACGCAAGUAUGCCACAGAGAACUUCCUAAUGGAGCAUAUGCGGAAUCACAAGGAACAAGUGCCUCAAACUUGUGUUGUGUGUGGCAAGGUAACAUUGCGCAUAACUCAGCACAUGAAAAUACAUACACCACGCCCCAAACGUUUACUCAGCUGUUCGGUGUGUGGCAAAGUAUUUAAUUUCAGUUCAGGCCUUAGUCAUCAUUUUAAAAUCAUGCAUAAACUGCCUAGACCACCACCAAAACCUAAAAAGGAAACGUCUGCAAACACAGUUAAACGUAAACGACGAUCUCGCACUAAUGAACGCACUGGAAACCGUAAAAAACAAUUGUCUCUGCCCAGCUCAACAGAUUCUACAUUUAUCAUAGAGCAUGACAAAUAUUCGGAUCAAAUAAUUGAAGAACAAAUUGAAGUUCCUCAUGAAGUGUAUGACACAACAACACCAUCAUCCAUAUUAAACUUGGAAAGUAAAGAGACCCAUUUAGAACCAUCAAAUAUACAGAAUCCUAGUCAAACAUACUUAUCCAAUACUCAGACGCAUAAUCAAAUGGUGGCGCAAGAUUUGCAACAAAAUGAGGCCAUUAAUCAUAAAGAGGAGGAAGCUAAACGUGUUAUUGUGGAAUUAAUACAAAAUUCUACUUAUACUUCGUUUUUUCCCGAUAAUUUGUCUAGUGUAUUGGAGGUAACGCCACCCAUAGCUAGAGAAGAAACUAUUUCGGCUGUAAAUAGUAUUGUACACGACUGUUAAUGUAGUUAAAUUUAAAUAUAAUGUUAUUGUUAAUCAUUUUUUGUAAUGCAAAAAGAAAAUUAUAAAGCUUGAGAAAAAUAUUUUCUAACAGAGAUAUA